AUGACGGCGCACAGCUUCCAGUCACCCAACGCCAUUCCGCCGCGCACCUCCUCGAACGGAAUCUUCACCGGCCAGACCUCUCCGCCUCGCCCCGUCCUGCGCCCGCUGUCCGAGAUUGACUGGAUAUCAUCGUCCAAGAAGAACUCGCUCGCCUCCAUGCGCGGCUCCUCGCUCUCUCCCCCGCAAUCGCCCUCCCAACAAACCCAUACAUAUCCCGUCCCCAUGACGCCGCCGCCGCCCGACCCGCUGAAGAACAUCGGCGACGAGCUGAUAUACGGCAAGGGGUCGGGAUGGUCCGAUAAGAAGGAAAAGAUAUUGCUGGGGCCCUUUGAGUACCUGUAUGGCCAUCCGGGCAAGGACAUUCGCAGCCAGAUGAUUGCCGCGUUCAACGCCUGGCUGCAGGUACCGGAGAAGUCGCUGGAGAUAAUCACAAGCGUCGUGGGCAUGUUGCACACCGCAUCACUACUAGUCGACGACGUAGAGGACAGCUCAAUGCUCCGCCGCGGCGUACCCGUCGCGAACAGCAUAUUCGGCACAGCCCAGACCAUCAACAGCGCAAACUACGUCUACUUCCUCGCCCUCCAAGCGCUAACCCAGCUACAAAACCCAACCCUGAUGACCAUCUUCACUGAGGAGCUACUGAACUUGCACCGUGGGCAGGGCAUGGACCUGUUCUGGCGCGACACCCUGACCUGCCCGAGCGAGGCCGACUAUCUGGAGAUGGUGGGCAAUAAGACGGGCGGCUUGUUCCGGCUGGCGAUCAAGCUGAUGCAAGCCGAGUCGACCAGACAACUCGACUGCGUCCCCCUCGUCAACACCAUCGGCCUCCUCUACCAAAUCCUCGACGACCACCUCAACCUACGCUCGGAGCGGCUCUCCGCCCAAAAGGGCUUCGCGGAGGACUUGACCGAGGGCAAAUUCUCCUUCCCUGUCAUUCACGCUAUCCGCGCUGACCCGGCCAAUCUCGUCCUCGUCAACGUGCUCAAGCAGAAGACGGCCGACCCGGAGGUCAAGAAGUACGCCGUCGCCUACAUGGAGCGCAAGGGCAGCUUUGAGUAUAGCGCCCGCUGCAUCCGCGAGCUGCGCGGAAAGGCCAUACAGCUCGUCGAGGAGGUCGAGCAAGCUGCCGGCGACCUGGGCGGCAGGGAGGGCGCCGACGGUGUGAGGGCGAUUUUAGAGAAAAUGAAGGUGGAGUGA